GUUGCUGGGGCAGCCGGCGUGGGCGGCGUCACUGAGCCGCGCCAGCUGAGCCAGGUGGAGCGUUACCGUCUUUUGCUUUCUGCCUGUGACUAGCGCCGUCCCCCACCGCCGGUCGACCCUGCUUCCAUGUCCCUGGCGGACACAGCUCCCCGGAACCUCCACGCCCAUGGCCACUAGGCAGAGGGAGUCCUCUAUUACCUCCUGCUCUUCCGCCUCGAGCUGCGACGCGGACGACGAGGGCGUGCGCGGCACCUGCGAAGAUGCUUCCCUGUGCAAGAGGUUUGCAGUAAGCAUUGGCUACUGGCACGACCCUUACAUCCAGCACUUUGUGAGACUGUCUAAGGAGAGGAAAGCCCCCGAAAUCAACAGAGGAUAUUUUGCUCGUGUCCAUGGUGUCAGUCAGCUUAUAAAGGCGUUUCUACGGAAGACAGAAUGUCAUUGCCAAAUUAUCAACCUUGGGGCAGGCAUGGAUACCACCUUCUGGAGAUUAAAGGAUGAAGAUCUUCUCCCAAGUAAAUAUUUUGAGGUUGACUUUCCAAUGAUCGUCACAAGAAAGCUGCACAGUAUCAAAUGCAAGCCUCCCCUAUCCAGCCCCAUUCUAGAACUGCAUUCAGAGGACACACUUCAGAUGGAUGGACACAUACUGGAUUCAAAGAGAUAUGCCGUUAUUGGAGCUGAUCUCCGAGACCUGUCUGAACUGGAAGAGAAACUAAAGAAAUGUAACAUGAAUACACAAUUGCCAACACUCCUGAUAGCUGAAUGUGUGCUGGUUUACAUGACUCCAGAGCAGUCCGCAAACCUCCUGAAGUGGGCAGCCAACAGUUUUGAGGCAGCCAUGUUCAUAAACUACGAACAGGUGAACAUGGGUGAUCGGUUUGGGCAGAUCAUGAUUGAAAACCUGCGGAGACGCCAGUGUGACCUGGCAGGAGUGGAGACUUGCAAGUCAUUAGAGUCACAGAUACGAUCAUGGAGAAGCCCUGUUCAGUGCCUGCCACCAUAGGCUGCUGAGCCUCCAUGUGGGCCGCUAGUUCAUGAUACUGGGAAGACCAAGUCCUGCUUUGCCAUCUUGGUGUAGAAAAUACACAUUUAUAUUUCCUACACUCUAUUAUUUUGACUUUGUAUUAUGCAAAUUUUCAAACAAAAAGGUAGAGGGAAUGGUAAAAUAAAAACACACGUCCCAUCACCUAACUUCAGUAUUACUUAUUUUAUCAGUAUUAUUUCCUGAAUUCUCCCACUAUUUUUUUGUUGAUGUUGGAAUAUUUUCAGGCAAAUCCCAGACAGCACAUGAUUUCACCCCUAAAUACGCAUGUGAAUCACCUACCAAUAAGGACUUGCUUCUCCCAGGAUGAUGAUGACACCAUUUCACAGAUCAUACCUCACAAGCUGACAACUCCUUCAUGGCAUUUAAUGCCCAGUUCAUGUUCAAUUUCCCCAGUUAUUUAAAAAAACCUUUUUUUUACAGUUGAUGUGUUUGAAUCAGGAUUUAAACGUUGUCCACACUUUGUAGAUGAUUGAUAUGUCCCUUAAACCUCUUUGACUCUAUAGUAAUGCCCCCUUCCUUUAAAAAAGUCAUUUAUUUUUUCUCAAAACAACUCCCACCCCUACCCCCAUAUAAAUAGGUUCAUU